GUCAUUCCCAGAUCCAGACACAGCGACAAGGCGGCGCAGGAUGAGCUGCCCGAAGGUCAGCCUUUUGUCCCUUGUCGUGGCUUUCCUGACGUUUUUCGGCGAGGAAAGCACGGCAUUUGUUCAGCCUCUGCAACCUGGCGAUGCCGCAGAAGGCAGCGACAGGACCCUAGGCGCGUGGAGGAGGCGGCCGACCACAGAUCUCCAUCUGCCGGCUGCAAGUCAGGAGGUAAACCACACACAUACAUCUCUGUCUGGUCUGCUCAGAGAUGCGCUGUGUUGUGUGUGUGUGUGUGCCGUACGCAGACGGUCUUGUGAUCGCCGAGCUGGAGGCCGACGAGUGCACACCACUGAUGAGUUUCGAAGGCAUGGUCGGCCUGCUGUUGAAGUGCCCGCAAAGAAGAUAUCCGGUAGGUUAGGGGUGAAGUACAGAGACGUGUGACGUGACGACAACCACAUUGCCCACACGUCUGUGGUGUGUUUUGGGGGGUGCAUGGAAUACAGGUGAGGAGGAGGCUGUGUCUGGCCUGUCCGGGUUGAUUUUCGACCACAAUGUCAAAGGCAUUUGGAGCCAGUUCGAGCCAUUCGAAGGCGUCGUGUCGGCGAAGAUCUCUGCCGACGCACAGGGGCAUAAGGAGGCUCUCGAGGCCCUCAUGGAGCCGCUCGUCACACCCGAGUAAGACGAACAGACAGAGAGAGAAUGCCACCGACGCGUCUCUGUCUGUCUGUCAUUGUGGUCUGUCUCUUCCUGCAGGUACAAGCCUUACAGCGAGUGGACAAUGGCACAGAAAGUGCAGCUGGUCCAGGAGUUCUAUGGCCUCGCUUUGGCUAUUGCCCGGGCGGGAAGCGAGCUGGGCAUCUUCGACGUUAGUCACGAAACGAAUUCUACAAUCUGAUAGACGAGAUCUUCCCCACCUCCUUGGCGAGUGCCUGAGCGAUGCUGCGCUGCGAUCAAGUGACGGCGCUGCGAUCAAGUGACGGUUGACUGCUCUGGUGAUGGCCUGUGAGUGGAAGGAAUGGAUAUGCACGUGUGUGUGGACUGGCUGCAUGGACUGGUUGGUGCAUGUGUGUGCGUGCGGAUACUGACUGCAUGCGUAACCUUUAUCUGCCUCAAGGGCGGAAGCACGCAGUCGUUGGUUUUGCGUCGGCUUUUCCUGCGUACACCAGCUGCCAGCUGCCAGCUGGGUUUUAUUUCACGCCGGCUGGAUGUCGGGUGUGGCAUUGGGGGGGAGGCUCUGGCUCGGGCGCGGCGCUGUGAGAACUGGACUUGACGUCUGUCGUGUGUCUGUGUGGGUCCGUAUGGGCCAGCUUGCUGCUGACCUGCAGACCAAGCACUCCAUCCCAUCUAUCCCCACGCUUUAUACAGUACGUGUACCCGUUGCUUGGCGUGUUGGCCCCAGUCUUUCCAGUUGUGUGGCGGCAUUUUCGGUGGGUUGCCUUGCCAGUCAGUCAGUCUCUAUAAGCAUGUCACAGCGUGUGCAUGACUGGGUGGUUUCUCUGACUUUGCGAGGCUGCUCAGCCGCUGCUGUGCACUGUGCGUGGCGUGCACAUUUUGAGUUUUUGAGCGCACCGAAGCCGGCUGGCUGCUUGGCCGGCAUAUCGUGUGUUGACAUGACAUCUAGCGCGAGUGGAUACCCGUGGUUUUUCUCUCUGCGUGUGUGUGGGUGAGAACGUUCACGGGACUCCUACCUACAACAGCGUCG